AUUACCGUGUUAAUGGGACUGCACACCACUAUUAUUCUAUAAAACUACACUUAUACGUGUCCCAACGUACUGACUUGAGUUUUACUCCGAUAACAAUAUUGAUAACAUAUUUUUAUUUAUCAAAUUGAUUAUGAAUCCAUCGAGAGUGAGUGGGGUUAGUGUUACGCCCUCACAUUCACGUGUCAUAAAAUGGCUAUACCUAAUCGAAAUUUUUUAUUUCAAAUUAUUGAGUUCUAACAUACUUAUAUAAUUUUUACAGCGAAAAUAUUUAUUUGAAAACUUAACUAAUUUUUUUUAAUUUAUGCGAGUAAUGAUAUUUUCUUUUCAGCAUAAAGUUUUUAAAGUUUUUAAUUCGUCCCAAUCGGUUUUGUAAAUUGCUAUUUUUAGUUCCUUAUAUAGUUUAAUGAAUUUAUAAGAGUUUUUAUUUGUAUUUUUAUUUUGUUGUGAAACGGUUUGAUUUAAUUGUAAAAAUAAUGGAUAAUGAUCAAUAAUUAGUGAGUUCUAUAACCGCUGAAUGAAUAUUGUAAUGUUUGAGUUUAUCUCUAAUAUAAACAUGUGGUCGAUGCAACUAUAUUGGUUAAAGGUCUUGUGGAGCAAUUAAUAUAUUGAAUGGAAUUAAAAGAAUUUAAUAAAUCGUAGUAUAGUGUUGUAGAGAUUGUGGUAUCAGAUAGAUUUAUGUUCAUAUCGCCUAUUCAUUUUAACGUAAGUUUUCUUUAAGAUUUGAACAAAUUAGUAAUUCUUACCUCAAAAUCCUCAACAAAUUAAAAAAUAUUUCCACUAGUAGACCUAGCUAUAUAUACUGAUAUUAUUCCAUAAUUAAUUUUAUUAAAUGUUAUUGUUGUACAGAAAAUUAGCAUCUUGUAUUAUAAAUUCAGUCAUGGUGUAAUUUAUAUCUUUUUGAAUAAAUAUAACUAUGCCAUCUGAUUUCCGUGUAUGAUUUUUCGAAAUUGAAGACGGGUAAUUAUUUAACGAGAUAUAUUUUUAAUCAAUAUUAUUUCCUAACUAUGAUUCUUCUGUAAUUAUUAUAUGGCUUUUAUUCUCAAUUGCAGCAUUUAGACAAUCCAGUUCAGAUAUGUGAUUAGCAAUACUUCUAAUAUAAGUAAAUAGUAUAUUCAAACUGGUAUCAUUGUUAUAAGUUUGUCUGUUAAUCUCAUUAAGUGAAUUUAGUGUAGUGUUUUCUUUACCAAUGAUAUCGAAAAGGGUGUUAAUUGAUGCCAUAUAGAUCAAUUAAUUUAUUAUGUAUCCUUAUUUUUUCUUUUCUGUGUACCUAUAUAAUGUAGACUAUUAUCAGUAUGACCAAAAUAGGUAUAAUAACGAUAAUUUCCCAAUAAAAGUCUAAUAGUUAAUGUAUUAAGUAAAAUGAAAAAAAAGAAAAAUAUGUAGAUAUUUAAUAAGUAUUAAAAAAAUAUACAUUUAAAAUAUGUGUAUUCAAUAUUUUAUGAUUACAAUGUCAGAAGAUCUUUACCCGAUUUUCUUCGAAUGAUUUUUAAAGUUUCGUUUUUCUAGUCACAUUCGUUGUCUUUAAGGUUUUCAUAUUCAUAAAAGCUUUUAAAAACGACAAAUUUAAAACUCAGUGUGAGUCUUGUACUCAACAAUUUUCAUAAUAAUAAAAACUGCACCAUUGGACACGAAUCGUGUAAUAUGUAUCUAUUAUUUUAUUCACUAUUACUUUUAACAUUGUUAUUACUAUUUUGUUUAAGAAUUAUGGUUGUUGUGUAUCCGGAAAUAGACGGAUUACUAAAAUAAAUAUAAGUGCAAUAAAAAAAAAUGUAUUAAUUAAUCAGCAUAAAUUAGACAGCACGGUUCUCCACUUUCAAUUUACGAUAUAAGUUAUUUAAUCCCGUUAAAUUAUUAAAUAGGUAAAAAAAAAAUAAUAAGUCGUUAUUUACAAAAUUUAUUGGAUAUUAUUUUACUUAUUGACUUUAAAAAAUUUAACUAAAUAUGUUAAAAUAAAUUAAGGUAUAAAUAAGAUUCUACCUCUAUAGUAUAAUGAAUAUGAUAUUAUAAUAUAUCAAUAAUUGUUAAUUUAAAGAAGGAGACAGCCUCAAGGACCAGCGUAAUAAUAUAUAUGCGCCAUGUAUGUGGAAGUUCAUACUGUAAUGGUGCGUAUAUAAUAAUGAAGUAGCAAAACAUAUAAUAAUAAUAGUUCUGGUUGGACAAUGAACUUGGGAUACAGCGAUAAUAUCUUAUCAUACAAUCAUUCCUAAAAAUUUUUGGUUCGUUCGAAACUAAUGACGAAAUCGAAAUAGCAUUGAAAACCAGUUUUAAAUGAGCAAGCAGUAGCUCACAGGCAUAAUUUUUUCGUACCUAUGUAAUUUGAUUGAUAACUCGUAGUCGUACACACUUAUAAAAUUAUUAUAUAUAUACCAAAACGCUUCGGAUCUAUAUAUAGCUCUGAUGAUGUAAUGAAUUAUGUAAAAAUGUAUAAUUUUGGAACCCGUAAAUUGCUUACAAUAUUAAAACAGUGUGGAUGACGUGAGUAGUUGUUAAAAAAUAAGUAUAUAUAUAAUAUGUAUUAUUGUGUACAAGAUCCCGCCGAAUGCGUAACGACUUGCGAAAUACGACCACCGUUAAUGCAGUUCUAGUCCGGAGCUCUUCACGCGCGGACAAACUCGCGUAUUAAACGGGCGGUACAAUCCAUAGAUGUGAUACUUAUAUUAUACCUAUUGUCCAUACGCGAAUACCGUAACACAAGCGGACCGUACAGUGGCACUUACCGUAUUAACUGCACCAAAAAAAAAAUUCCUAUGGUGACCCUAAAAAUGUCGAACGUGGUCUCGCUGUCGUUGUUUCUGUGGUUGUCGGUUGACCUGCGGACGAUGCCGGUCGGGGAGGCUGCCCGAAUACUGGCCGUCGAAACAGUGGCGGGCAAGAGCCACUGGUACUUCAUGAGCUCGUUGCUCAGGUCGCUGACGGACGCCGGACACACGGUGAUCGUUUUCACGCCAUUUCCGGACGGCGACCGGGUCAACUACACGGAGGUGGAUACGUCCCGCGACUUCCCAAUGAAGCUUGAUAUGGAUGUGAUGAAGACGAUGCGGGACUACAGUGAUCCGUUCAAGUUAACGAAUCUCAUGUCCAAACAGGCUCGAUACUACUGCGACGCGGUCUACGGUAACCAGAAGCUGGCUGACGUAAUGGCUCCCCGGACACGCGACCGAUACGACCUGCUCUUAAUCGAGCCGCUGGGCUUCGACUGCGUGUCGUAUCUGGCCGACGCACUCGGUCUGCCUGUGAUCUACUCGAUCCCGUCGCCGAUGAUCACCUUCGCCGAGCGUCUGUUUACCGGCGAGGUGUCCAACCCGGCUUCCGUGUCCAACAUGUUGGCCAGCCAUGCCGUGCCCGGCACAUUCGUCCAGAGGUUCACCAACACGGCGCUACUGACGUACAGUAUGGUCAAGACUAAGUACGACCAGCUGGUCACCUUGUACACGAACCCGAGACCGUACGACCUGGCGCCGACCGUCAAUCCGUCCAUAAUUUUCCAGAACGGUCAUUACAUCAGCGAGUCUUCGAGACCGGUUACGCCGAAUGUUAUCUACGUGGGUGGCAUACACUUAAAACCCACCAAAACCAUACCAAAGGACAUAUUAGAUUUUAUCGAAGAUUCACCCCAAGGAGUGAUUUUCUUCACAUUCGGCUCCACAAUUAAAGUGUCAUCGUUGCCGGGACAUAUUGAACAGUCGUUUAAAGAAGCGUUGGCCAACGUUCCUCAGAGAGUUUUGUGGAAAUACGAAGGUGAAAUGAAAGACAAACCGAAAAACGUGAUGACGAGAAAAUGGUUCCCUCAACGAGAUAUACUAUUACAUCCCAAAGUGAAACUGUUCAUCAGUCACGGAGGUAUGUCCGGAGUGUACGAAGCUGUGGAUGGCGGUGUUCCCGUACUGGGAUUUCCAGUGUUUUACGACCAGCCGAGAAACAUUGAAAAUUUGGUCCUUAAUGGAAUGGCGAUAUCCAUGGACCUGUUGUCGACGACCAAAGAAAAACUUUCUAAUGCCAUUUCGGAACUCAUCAAUGACGAAAAAUACGCAAAAAAUGCUAAAAUUGCUUCCAACAUUUUCAAAGACCGGCCGAUUACACCGCAACAGUCGGUCGUUUAUUGGACGGAGUAUGUAAUCCGUCACAAAGGCGCGCCACAUUUGAAAUCUCACGCUCUGAACCUGACUUGGUAUCAAUACCUCUUGUUAGAUAUAAUUGCCGUAGCGUUGAUUUUUGUUUUGUUAAUCACAUUUGUUGUCUUUAAGGUUUUUAAAUGUAUAAAAACUUUUACAAAAGAUAAAGUUAAGACUCAGUGAGUCUAGUAGUCAAUACGAUUGCAGUCAUGAUAACUAAAAUACUGCACCAUUGUACUUGUUGUCUUUUUACUUGGACCCGAAUUGUGUACUUACUGUUUAUCAGUGCGAAACUGUCAUUCCAAUAUUUCAUUACUAUUAUAACUAUUACUUUUACUAUUUUUAUUAUAGAAACUGUUAUUAGUAAAUUAUUAUUAUUUUGAUGUAAUAGUUAACUAUUAUUGUUGUGUAUUCGGCGAUAGAUAAGUGUAAUAUAACUUUUAAG